AUGCCAGAUCCAUUACCCAACUUCAAGUCUGAUCUGGCGUCUCAAAGCCUCGCAUCGCAAUCAAACACCACAGAGUCUUCAUCUCGGCAACUACAUCAAACUCCAAGUCUGUCAGUAGGCGAGUCACCGUUAGCGAGACCCACAUUGCUUCGUAGGUCUGGACUACAGUCUACUCAAACAAGUGGUAGCACAAUCACUGAAGAUAGUAACUCAGUUCUGCUAUCUCCAAGACAACAACCCACUCCAGCAACUCACAAUCAGGAUACAAUAAUAGAUGGAAACAGAAAGAAAAGGCCUCGAGUUUCAAAAGCUUGUGUAUACUGUCGAAAAAAGAAGGUCAAGUGUGAUGGAAAUUUACCAUGUUCAAAUUGUCGGGAGAAUAAUGACGGAGAUUGUGUAUAUCCCGCUGAUCAGGAAAGGAAACCCAAGGUGUCAAAGGUACCCAAGGUACCCAAAACUCCCAAAAUUCCCAAAAUUCCCAGAAUCGUAAAAGCUGCCAAGACCGACUCCCCCGGUUCGGUGAAACAAAGUAAAGCCCAAGCUAUUGAUCAGUUGAACUUACGAAUGGAUAGAAUCGAAGAACUACUAGUUGGAUUAACUGAAGAGAUAAGACGAGGAAGAACAGCGACUUAUGAUGAUAGACACCAAUCGAAACUGCCAGUGGACAAUAUAGAUCAUCGUGAUCGUACAAACGAAAACUUCACACGAGGAGAAGAUGGUAAGGAUACUAUGGCUCACUCGUCAUCCCCUGUUACCAAAAACAACAAGUUAGGUUCGCAUGCGAUUACUGACAUCUUUUCAAAAUCGACUUUGGAAUCUCUCUUUCAGGGAUUGGGACCGCACAAUCGAACUGAAGUCAAAGACAUUUUGCACGUUGGUUCGAUAUUCAAUUUUUACGCCCAUGCGUUUUUUGAUUCUAUAUGUCAGCCAAUCAAGACUGUCGUUCGAAACAGGACUGAUCUCAUCGACAAUACAUUUACAGAUUCAACUAUUCCACUUGAACUACUUAACUACCUUGACGACAUUUACCUUGUUUCGUACAUCUGCGAAUCUUCCCAUAUCAGAACCUUAUUUGACAGCUAUUUCAAGAACAACAAGAAGUUAUAUACAAAGGGCCUUAACUCUAAGCUGAGGUCUUUCACUUGGUCUGAAUUGAUGAUAAUGUGUCUCCUGAUUGGGUUAUGCAUAUCGGCCGUUGUGGAUGAGAGAAACGUUGACACAUUAAGAAAGCAUUCCAAACACAAGUCGCCUAUAAUAGAAUCUAUAAGUGACAAAGAAUUGGUUGAACUCCAUACCAAAUGUUUCUUUUCGGCAAUAUUUUACUACAAUCGAUUAGUGUUUGCUUGCGAAGGGGUUGAAACUGUUCAAGCAAUGGCUUUAUUUGUGAUUUAUUUGCAAAGCGUAAUCUCCUGUGUGAAGCUGACCUAUAGCCCAAUCGCACUAGCUGUCAGAUACGCGCGAGAUUUGGGUUUCAAUCGAAUAGAGACCUACGAAGGAUUGAGCUGGCACGAACGUCAUAUGCGUAAACGAUUGUGGUGGUUUUGUCAAACUUAUGAGGUUGGUUCGUGUUAUCGGUAUGGUAGACAGAUUCAAGAGAGGGAGAGUGGACUACGGGAACUCAUUGACGGUGACAAGUCAACUUCCAUUAUUGUACAUUCAGGAAUCGAAAGGUUGCGAGCAUUGUGGAACGAGGCAAAGAUCCUGAAGGAUGCUUCAAAUUUGUAUGAAUUGUCUGAGAAUAAGACAUUGCAUAGAAGUGCCGCAUAUUUUUUGUAUCAGUUGACAGAAAUACGCUUGAAGUCCUACGAAUGGAUCUAUAGUGCUGCUUCUCGAAACAUUAAACUAAGCAAGCUAUUCACAUACAUUGAUGAAAUCAACAAGGACAUGCAUGCCCUAGCAAACAUGUUCCAGCCACCAAUCACAAUUUGUUUUCACAAUGAUCCACGGUUUUUUUUCAAAGCAAAGAACAAGCCACUGGAUCGGGUUUUGGCGUUUGAUUCCGCACAUGAGAAUAUCCUUUCAAUGUAUAUGACUUAUUAUUUGCAUUUGAUGACGGUGAAUCGAACCGCAAUCCAGAACCUCGAACCCACGGCGGAGAAUGAACCCUUGAUUAAAAGGAUUGGAGAGUAUAGACACGUUUCCCUUGAAAGUGCCAGGACCAUUCUCCACAUUUCCAAAACUUUGAAUUUGAGAACUAUGCCGUUUUCUACCUUUAGUUGGUUUCUAUAUGCACCUUUUAUUGCUUUUUGUCAUCUAGCCGGUGUGCAUUUUGCUGAACCCAACACUUCUGAAGCUGAAACUGAUUUGAAAUUGAUGAUUGAGAUUUCAACGCAGUUCUUUAGCUAUAGGACUAAAGUCACACCCGCCCAUAUACAGCGCAAUUGCAUUCGACAGAAAUUGUAUGACUUGGUAACAAGGUACAUGUUGCGGAUCCUUAUAAACAUUUGCAACGAGGAAAUCAAAUCCAAAUUGUUUUCAAGGACUAAGACAUUACAGAAACAUUUGGACUUGCCGCAGCAAUUUCCAGAAUUUUACACAACUGAGGGCGAAAUAGGUAUAAAUCCAAGUUCAAGUUCGAGGGUAUUUGAGAUGUGGUUUCGUUCGUAUAACAUUGUCGAUAUUGAAUCUGAACUUAGUGGCAGUGGCGGUACUCCAGCGCAAAGUUCUAAUUCAUCCUCAUCUAAUAAUGACAACGCCACAAAUGACAGUAACAGGACCAGCACCAGCAACAGCACCAGCACCAGCACCAGCAACAGUAAGAACAGCAAGUCUGGCAAUUCUACUAGUACUGAAAGUGACACCACCCGCAUAAGCAAAGAAAGAAGUGAAAAGGAUUCAACCAAGAGAAAGAUUGACAACAUCUUGAAACAUGCAAUAUCACCACUGAACUCCACAAAGGUCAGAAAAGAGCAAGAGAAAACUCACGUUGCUAAUGAUGAUCCACUGGGAGACCGACAAUUGAAUUUCCGCAUCCCACAACACGCUUCGCAUUCGAUGCCCAUUAAUCGACUGCAUACACCUCAAUCGAGAAUAGACGAGCGAAUCUAUAGCAGUGGCUAUUACCCUCAAACGCCUCUGGCCUCACACCUGCACUACAAUGAGGGCAUCCACCACCCACAGCAGGCACAUCUCAUGGAAGGUGUUACGAUGGCCUCGCAACCCGAUGGACCCAAUCACAUGCUAGAUUCACUACAUCGACCUAUGUUUCGGAAUCGAGUACAGCAGCAUCAGUUACCAGAUCAGAUGCAGCAGCCUUUUAUUCAUCAGCAACCACAUCCAUCACUGACGUAUAUGACAACGUAUGCGCCUCGAAACCUGGAUGCGUCGUCCAUUACAUCUCAUCAGUAUCAGUAUCUCACCAACGCUGUACCCCAACUCCAUCAAUUUGAGUGGGGGCAGAAUGCCUCUGAGCAACAACAACUGCAGCAACAGCAGCACAAUAUGGCCCCUGCGCUAAACCCACAUGAUCCGCAUUUGGUAGGUAUGGUGCCGAAUAUGUUUGCAUCGCUUAAUCCUGGAAAUGAUAUUGGUGAUCAUAAUCAGCAAUCGAGUAUGUUGACCCAGCUCGAUGACGCAUUCGUUAACGGGUCAAAUAUGGAUGAGGCGGAUGGACCACCAGGGCUGUUUGAAGAGUAA